GUUGGUCUGAGCCCCCACCAGUGGCUGGGGUCUUUUUUUGGGCGUGCGUGGCUCAGAAAAAUCAUGCACCGUGGGGAUAAAGACUUGCAGACAUCAGCGCGCAAGAUGGGUACGUCGUUGCUCUUCCAGCUGUCGGCCUAUGAACGCGAGCUGGACUUGGUGUUCCUGGACCACAGCUAUGCCAAACCGUGGAACGCUCACCCAGACGCCAGCAGCGCUCGGCCCACCAGAACGCUGUUUGUAACCCCACGUCGUCAAGCUGAGCCUUCUCCAGACUCAGAAUCAUUACUAGACGUGGAAACGGUCACACCGACACCCGUUCCUCUGUAUGACAACCAGAAGGCUCUAAGCGUGAUGAAGGAGUGCGAGAGGCAUGUCCUGUUUGCUCGAACGGCUGCCGACGGCCCCCCACCCCCAGAUGAUUGGGAAGAACAUAUUAACAAGGCGGGGUGGUCAGUGACCCAGAACAAAUUGUUCAACAAAGUCCUUAAAGCUCUUCAGGCGGAAAGACUGGCACGUUUGGCCAAUGAAAAUGCUUCCAACGAGCCAAUCCUGCGAAGGGUCGCUGUAGACAAGUGUGCUAGGAAAGUUAGACACGCGCUCUCCAGCGUAAGCUGGGAAACCAAGCUGACGCAGUGGCUGCACACCACAAUGAUCGAUUCUUUGAGCCUUCCUAUGCUUGCUGCCUACCUAGAUGUGCUACAGACUUUAAAAAGCAAGCUGCCGACGCUGAUUGACAGAAUGUUACUCCCGUCUGCAAAGACUGGAUCUCCCAGUGCAGAGGCGUUGUCCCUGCUUUUGAAGCGUCCCUGGGAUCCUGCUGUCGGAGUUUUGUCACAGAACAAACCGUGCAAGCUUCCCGGGUCUCCUCUGAUUCUCAUCGCUCCUUCAAGCCCAACAAAUCCUGCCCUCUCCACGUCACGGCGAAUGAGAUUUUGGCAGUCGCAGCUGUCCUGCUUGGGGAAGGUCAUCCCGGUGCACACUCAUGUGAACAGUGGGGCCAAUAUUGGAAUCACACAGUGUUUGGAGCACAUGCUGGGCACCGUCAGGGCCAAAGUCAUGGAGGUUCACAGUCACUUCCCCCACAAACCCAUCAUCCUGGUCGGCUGGAACCUGGGUGCGCUCAUCGCUUGUCAUGUGUCCCUCAUGGAAUAUCUGACGGCUGUGGUGUGUCUUGGCUUUCCGCUCCUCACAGUCAAUGGGCCCAGAGGGGAUGUGGAUGACCCGCUGCUGGACAUGAAGACCCCCGUGCUGUUUGUGGUUGGGCAGAACGCUCUCCAGUGCACCACGGAUGGCAUGGAGGAGUUCAGGGAGAAGCUGAGGGCAGACAACAGCCUGGUGGUAGUCGGAGGAGCAGACGACAACCUCAGAAUCAAUUCGGCAAAGAUGAAGUCAGAAGGAUUGACGCAAACGAUGGUGGACCGCUGCAUUCAGGACGAGAUAGCGGACUUUUUGUCAGGGGUCCUGACUCGGGCAGAGGGCCACAGCCACGGCUCCGGGGAGAUGAGAGACCUGGACACAGAAAAGAAGAAAAGGCCUCGACGGGAGCUUCCCUUUGACGUGGAGAGAGGCCGACCUUCAUCUCCUGCACUCAGAGUUUCCAUUUCACCAUCGGGUUCAGAGGAUUUGUCCAGUGUCUGUAGCAGCCCCACUUCCAGUCCCAAACCUAAAACGUCCGGUCUGUCUCCGGCACAAAAGUCCAGUCUGAUCACGGCUACGCAGCUCCUCAAGACCCACAUGCAGCGAUCUGGCACCGUGCUCACUCACAAGCAGGCUCAAGCUCAGUUUGCUGCUUUUAUGAAACAAAACAUGCUUGUGAGGAAAAACCUUCCUCCUGGCACUCCUUGUAUUUUUGUUCCAGUGACCAGUGAUCAGAUAGAGGGGCUGGACAGAGACGAGCUACGUCCUCACGGCAAGAGGAGGCAGACACCCAGUCCCACGCCCAGCAAGGCCUCCAAGAGAGCAAAGAUUAAAGUUACUAUUGUUUCCCAAAACGAGUCAGCAGGAGGCGCCAUGAACCCCGCUGAAGCGGGUGUCUCUGGCAAGCCUCUAACUGUGGCAGUGGGACAGACCGUGCCUGGUGCCAAGGAGCUUUCUGGACUUCUCACAGGCCAGCGGUCUGGUAGUCUCUCAGAGGGGUCUGGUGCCCUGUCCCCAGGCUCCAGCUCAUUCAGCAGCGUGCAGCCUUGCAUGGUGUCAGUGUCCUCCACACCAGCCCAGGUGCAAGCUCCAGCUACUGCCCAAGCACCUUCCGCCAGCAGUCUUCUGCAAGGCCUAAGUUUCAGUCUGCAGGAGAUCGUUACCAAAGCUCCUAACCUCCCCUCUACAGCGUCGAGCACAGGCAGCACUCAGGCAGUUUGUGGAAAUUCCCAGGAUCCGGUGCUGAGCUCCGUCGGUACCAGCGGCAGCACUCUGCUCCGGGCAGUGCCUGUGGUCACAGCAGGAGGGGUCGCCAAAACCACCGCCAUCCAUCAGCUGCUCACCAACGGCGGGCUGGCCAAGCUGGCGAGCAGCUUGUCCGGCUUGGCACACAUCACCAAUCAGACCGCUGGUAUGUGUCGGACUGCCAAAACACGACGGCCACGUUGAACGCCCAGGUUCAUUCACUCGUUGUUUUGGAAACAGUAGUUCAGGACAUCUUUAGACCAGAGAGGAUUACCGCAUCGCAGAGACGCAGGGGACAGCUCUGUGGAGGAGAGCGAAGAUGGCUCACUCUGCAGGAGCCAACUGGUGUAAAGUUUGCAGAGUCAGACGUGCAGCUGCAAGAAAUCUGAUGGAAGAUCAGCAGCACAUGUUUGGACUCAUGUUCAUGUAAAGACAAAUGCAAAAUUGCUUAAAUAUUUGAUUCUGGAGAGUUAAACAUACAAUUAUGUUGGAUGGGUUUAUAAAAUGCAUUAAAACAUUCGAUCCAAUCCGCUGCCAUUGUCGGAGUUGUUUGUUAUAGUUUUUUUUUCAUUGCAUGUUUCUGUUAAUUUGCUUCAUUAUCUCAUAACAUGCUAUGAAUUGUUCCUUAAAAUCUCCUGGGUAAAAUCUCCAUAAACAUGAAUGCUGACCUGUUGGAGGGACAUAAUGGCGUUGACACGUGGCAUUAUUUAAGUUCUGUUUCUGCUGUUACAAUAAAGACUAAAAUCAAA